AUGUCAACUAUCGAGGAUGUCCCCGCCGCUCCUAAGAUCGAACACUUUGAGGAGGAAUCCUUCUCGGAAUCCUCUCCCGAUCCCGAGGAGCAGAGUUUGACUCAAGAACCUGCACAGGUGCAGAAGCGGAAGGGAGGGCGCAAGCCGAUUUACGCGACAUCGGAAGAACGAAAGCAACGAAAUCGCCAAGCUCAGGCAGCUUUUAGGGAACGGCGAACAGAAUACAUCAAGCAAUUGGAGACUACGAUCAAACAGCAUGAGGAAGCCCUUCAAAGUCUACAACAAAAUCAUAGAGCAGCAGCGGACGAGUGCUUGAUGCUUCGAUACAAGAAUUCCCUCCUCGAACGCAUACUGCUUGAGAAAAAAAUCGAUGUGCAGGCUGAGCUGAAGUCUAAAGCUGAAGGCGCCACGGUUGUGCAACUUCCAACUCAGCCAUUGGGGGGUCCGCAGCCGACUCCGGUUCAGCGAGCUCUUCUGAAUCGGCUAGGGCAGGUCCGACGCUCAACAUCUGGAUCUUCGUCUCGAGCAUUAAGGCCCCACUCUUCCAAAUCUUCUUCGGUCCUGUCUCCUCAGCUUCAGCCAUCGCAGCAUUCGCAGAUUGUAUCAGCAGUCACGACAAAAUCUCCGAUUGGCAUAGCGAAAGGUGGGAUGAUCUCACCUAGGGUCGAUAUGAAAGCUCAGCAACCACAACAGCCGCCGCCGCCGCCUGAGUCUCAAGCAUACCCUCAGCAACAGCCGUCAAGGCUAAGCAUACCAACAAGUCGAUCAUCGAUGCAAGGUACGACGCCAAGCACGGCAGAUACAAGUCGUAGCAGUGAGAUGGGUAGUACAGCUGGGACCCAAACAAGCUUCUAUCCAUCUCCAUUCCAAGCUCAUAUAGAGCAACUCGAACAGGAGUACGAUGCGCAUGUCGAUAUGCUCGACGACGAAAACCCCAGCGAUCGCGACGUGGGUCCCGGCCCCUAUCCGCAAAAUUUCCAUCACCAGCCUCUUUCCCCGCACCAGCAAAUACCUAUGGGUAUGCAGGGUCAGCCACCAAUGCAGCAGAUGCAACCCAUGCAGCAAAUGCAGCCUAUGCAACCAAUGCAGCCACCGCCGGCCUCACAAGCCAUGGAUCCGAACAACCCAGCGUAUCCAGGGAUGCAGCCUGGCUUCGAUCCUUACGAUCCUAUGUUAGACGCCGAUCCGUUUGGCCUCUCCGCCAGCAUGCAUUUCCCCACCCAAUUUACCUUUCAAGAGAGUUCGAUGAGACGGUGA